AUCAUUUAUAUUAUUUAAUUUGACGUAUUAAUCAAUUGCAGGUGUUCAUGGCAUUAUUUGUACGAUAUCUAACAAAUCACCCCGUAGCCGAAGGCUAUUCCAAAAUUUAAUGAAAUUUCUAUUAAGCAAGGAUAGUUUUACAAAAUCAUUAAAUGUCGCAAAUGGAUUCUCAAUCAUCUGCGACCUUGCAGUCUCCUUCGACGUACUCCGACAGUUCCAAAACUCAGAGUACGAGGUCUCUUGCCAGCUCUAGAGAGGAAGAGGACUUAACCAAAGACAACUCUGCAUCACCCAUCGACCUUGAAUGUCACAUCCAGGCUGAGCGAAUAACGAAGAUCCUCGACGAAGCUAUUUACAAAACAAAGUUGGCGAUAUGUCUACCGAUUUUUGUACAGGAAUACCGCACGUUGAGCUCCAUACUAAAAGUGGAACAUAUGGACGAUCUCACAUUCAUAUUCGAACAAUACGAUAAUCCCUUGUUCUCCACUAGCUUGUUGAAUGUGGCUGCGAUGGAGGAUAUAAAAGCGGGUGAUAUAUCAUUGAAGAACCGGUUAAAUCCUGAGCUGGGGCAUCUCAUGUAUAUUUUGAAUAGUUAUCCCCAGCUAAGGCCCAAAGCAGAACAACUGAUUGCUGAGAUUAAAGAGGAACACACGCCUGAUAAUAUCCAUAUGAGACGAAAGGUCCCCGGCUUGGAAUAUUUGUUGACAUUGGAGAAUUUUCGUGAUAUGAUGGUGAAGCAGAUGGAGAUGACUGCUGCUGAGGAGCUGGAAAUGAAGAUGCAUACCAGAAAGCUGGAAGCCUCCAACGGAAAGCUGCUCGAGAAAAUACAAGAAUACACAAAAUGUUUGAAGGAAGAGAACGAAAGCUUUGAGAAAUCGAUGAGAAUAAAAUCCGAGAUGAUAUCGAAGUUGGAAUAUGAACUUGGCAUUUUAAAUCGUGACGCUGACAUUUUCCUCAAGAAGAAAAUCUUGGAUUCCGAUCGGCAGAUGGUUCUGGCAACUCGAUCGCAUUUGAUCAAGUCUGAAAUGCUGAAGGAAGAGGAAGUGGAAUCACGGAGCAUGUAUGAGAAUUUAUUGAAAGCACAUCUCAUUGAGGAGAAGAACCAGCGAGCCAGGAGAUUUAAAGUGGAGACGCAGCUGCUGUCCUGGCUGCAGAAGUACGACUUAGAAAUGGGAGAUAAACAGUUAGAGCUGGAUGAAUUCACGGAUAAUUAUGAAGAUGAACUUAAGAAGUGUGAAGAACUUGAGAAAAAAUUAGCUGAACAGGACAUAGAAUACAUUCCCUUGAUGGAAGAAAGAGAGGCGGAGUAUCAACAAGAGUUGACGGAGAAGAUGAAUAGGUUUAUGCUGGAGCAUGCUGCGCGAGUCAUCCAGGUGGCUUGGAGAGAAGUGCUGCAGAACAGAGCUGAGAAGCGACGGCUCAAGAAAUUGCAAAAGAAAAUGCAGGCGGCUGCAGCGAAGGCGGCCAAGAAAUAAGAUGCACAUGUGAAUUUGAACUAAUAUAAAUUUACA